AUGCCUGUUUGUAAGACUUGCCGUCCCCCACGCCUUCCACUCCUCGAGUUUAGACAGUUGACGUGGCUUCCAGACCCUCAGUUUACGGAUGCAGCCAAGGAGCAUUACAAAGCCUUUGAUGACAUCUUUGGCCAAGACACCGUAGAGGUUGAUCGUCCUGGGGCAAAGACCCAAGAGAACAAGUCUGGGAAGGCUUACUUCACAAAAGAGAAGGUGUAUGACACAGUUGAAUGUGUGAGCUGUGGCAAGUGGAGGUGCGCGUAUGCUCCAACUAAACCGCCUCGUGCAAGCACGGAUCAAAUCCAUCAGGCUGUAGAUACCCUUAUGUACACUUGCGGAGCUCCAAUCCUCCUGGAAGGACAUCCUGUAGCAGAAAUCUUCAUCGUAUGCCAGGAUAUUUCAUGCAGUGAUCCAGUGGAAAAGCAGUAUUAUUCAUGCAAAAACUUUGACCUGAUCUGUUGCAGAUGUGGAAGCACAGAACCCGAUGCACUAGUGAAUGAAGAGAUGAAGCGCCAAUACAAAGUGGUUAACCCUGUUUGUAAGGCCUGCUUGGAAAAGGGUACCAAGCCUGUUGUCUCCGCCCUGAAAACAGUAACAGCAUCCACCGGAAAGAAGAAGAAGAAACCUUGA